CUUCACCACAGUGGCUGACUUUAUGACGAACAAUUGAAGACUCGAGCACCAUUGUCACUCCUUUGUAAUCAUUGGGUUGUUCAGUCUUCCUCUUCCCACACAUCUGCCACAGUAUACAUGCCCUGGCACCGAAUGCAUCGAUGUCCUCGACUCCAAAUGGCUCUGGCCUAGAGCUUGAGAAAUUCCCAGAUGCCCCACCAAAGAUAGCAAUAAACGCGCCUGCAGAUACUCCAGAUGCAGGCUUACGAAGUCUAGAUCAUUAUAAGCGCAAGUUACCACAAUGGCGAUACGAUCUGCGGCAGCAGUUGUUACCCCUGAUACGAUGGGAGACUCCAUAUCUGGCAUGGAUGCAAGAUAAGAUGCGAUCACCUGCCCUCGAUUCCUACUUUGCCAUUACAGCGAACUUGGGAACGCAUACCUUCUUCAUGGUGGUAUUGCCCAUUCUCUUCUGGUGUGGGCAUACAUCGUUGGGUAGAGGAAUGGUACACAUCCUUGCUUCCGGUGUAUUCUUCACUGGAUUUAUUAAGGAUAUGGUUUCAUUACCUCGACCUUUGUCCCCACCUCUUCAACGUAUCACAAUGUCUGGUUCUGCAGCUUUGGAAUACGGGUUUCCUUCAACACAUUCAGCAAAUGCCGUUUCGGUGGCAGUCUAUGCUUUGUUCACAAUACACUCGCCUGAUUGUCAACUACAGCAGUCGACCAAGUUGAUCCUGGAGAUAGUCAGCUAUUCUUAUGCAUUUUCAAUUAUCCUAGGGCGUCUUUACUGCGGCAUGCAUGGUUUUCUCGACGUUAUUGUUGGCAGCAUAAUCGGAGCUGGUAUUUCGGUCAUCGAAUGUGUCUAUGGUGCCGAGAUUGACAGGUACCUGCACAGCAGCUCUUGGCUAGCUCCAGCAACUAUUGCUUUGGUUAUCAUUGUUCUCAUUCGUAUUCAUCCGGAACCGGCCGACGACUGCCCAUGUUUCGAUGAUAGUGUCGCAUUUGCAGGCGUUAUGAUAGGUAUUGAGAUUGGAGGUUGGCAUUAUGCAUCUGGCAAUUGGGCGUGGGACAUUCCCGUCCCAGCCACUGUCCCAUUCAGUCUUCAGCAUAUGGGGUGGGUGGUCGUGAUUGCGCGAGUCCUCAUCGGAGUCCUGGUGAUCUUUGCUUGGAGAGAGGUAAUGAAGCCUGCGAUGCUUAAAUUUCUUCCGCACUUGUUCCGCAUCAUUGAACAAUACGGAUUGAGUUUGCCUCGCAAAUUCUUUAUGCCAGCUUCUGAGUACAAGAACAUUCCUUCUCGAUUGAAGGUAGAUAACGUGAUGCCGUCCGUGUCGGACUUGCCAGGACUUCUGACUUCCAUUCGUCAUCCGGGUCGGGGGCGUGCCGUAUCCGUGGGACCACAAUCAGCAGCUGAUGCCUACGAGACUUUGGCUUACCGUGAGAAAAGAAGAAGAGACAGCUUGACCAAUACUGGAGAGAUGGAGUCUGGAGCACAGUCACCACGUUCCACUGUUGCGGCGCAAGCUGACUAUUUUUCCGUUCCGGGCAAAGUCGACAAAGAGGGAGCGGUUUCCCAAGUGUCUGGGAUAUCUGCACCUUUAGGUCUAUUGGCUACUGGCAAUUUGCCCACUCCAGCUCAAUCCAGAGUUGGUUCAUACGAACAAAUGAUGGGCCAAGGUCAUGUGUUGAUGACCCCAUCAACACCGCCCAAUGGUUUGGUGGACGAUGCCGAGGAUGAAAAUGUCGAGAUCUUUGUUGGACAGCAGAACGAAUUGGGAGAAAAGGAGAUGUUUUCAAGACUGGAGAAACCUCGUGUGAGGUACGAUGUUGAAGUUGUGACAAAACUCGUUGUCUAUACUGGAAUUGGGUGGCUUGCUGUUGAAUUCAAUCCUAUUAUUUUCGAGGUCCUCGGACUUGGGAUGGGAAAUCAUCGUCCCUUCUAGAAGAGAGGACGUUUUGCUGUUGAUAACUGGACUUCUUGUUGAAGCCUUCUUUUGCAUUUGCAUAGUCGCUAGGAGUUUUGGACAACAGGGGCACGGAAUCAUAGCGUGCUUGAGGCGUUUUGGGAAUAGGAUGAUACAUAACAGUGUAGCCUUGGUAUAACCUAAGACUGUACAAACAUAGCAUUGUAAAUUGAUGUCCUUCCGACUUGGUUUGCGGUCUACAGCC